GUUUCAAUUCGCAUGUAUGGUUUGACUGUGUGUGAAAGAAUUUGUGUGGUGUGUUCUGGAGUUUGGGAAUGUGUUUUGUGUUAUUCUGUCUGAGCAGGUAUUUGUGAUGAUAGAUCUUGAGAAGAUCUUUCCGACGCAACAAGAAUCGAUUCAAUCGGAGCAAGAACGCGAAAGCUAUGAAGAUUCAAAGUUCAUGAGCUUGCGUUACAAUUGCGGCGGUUACAAAGUGAAGUUGUGGGGUGACUUUAUAUGGAGUUGGGACCUUUGGGGGUUGGGGAAAUUUGUCACUCUACUGUAACAGCUGCAAAUUGGUUGGGAACAACCAAGCUAGGUUGGCAAGGGUGGCCAACUUGGAUGGAUUGGUUGGGAAGGGACAAAUGUCAAAAUUGGGGUUCCUAUAGGGAGGGAAUCUUUGUGCUUAUGGGGUUUCCUUGGUUGGGGACUCUCUUGGGACCUUCCCUCUCAUCCCUCUCUUUCUAUCCCAACCUUUCUCUUGCUCCUCUAAUUUUUCCUUGAGAGAUUCUUGAACUUUGAUUGAACUCUUGAGAUUGAGUUAAGUUCUCCUCCUACAGCUUACCCCCUAGUGCGUCGAAAGCCAUAGCGUCGCGAAUACUUCAUCAAUCAACAUGAUUCAAUUUGGGAACGGUAGCUGAGCUUACGAUCUACAACAUAUCCGAGUUUCACGACAUUCCAACGGCUAGUUUUUUGUCGACGUCGUUUCUUGUGAGGACGACUUUUCUGUCCAGAAUUUCGGAUUUAUAUUUUGAGUAAUUCUAGCUCCUAAGUUCACCUAGACUUCGUCCUUAAUCCUAACAAGUGGUAUCAGAGCCAUAUUGAGGACAUUGAGAGGAGUCUACAGAAGUGUGAAGACCCUUCUAGACCCACCAUGGCCUGUGGGCGUGCCUAAGUGGUGUUCUAAAGGUUGGAUGUGACUUCCGCUAAGGGGAAACUCUGCCGAAAUUUCGUGGACGCCGACACUUGUGAAAAUAUCGAGGGAGCUGAGUCUGGACAGCAAAGGGGGAGCUGAAAUUCGUCAUUUCUCAAGGAGAAGAUGAAUGAGAGAGGAGGAGAUGCUAAUGGAAGAGGAGCUGUACCUGAGAAGACAAGUGAGCCGCCACCAUCAAAAGUUGAAGCUUUGGAUGGCUCCAACUAUGAGGAAUGGAGCGGGCGCAUGAGGAGUGCCUUCAAACGCUACAAGCUACUGAAGAUUAAUGUUGGGGAGGAGAAGAUGCCGGAAGAAGGCGAAGAACGCGAACGGUGGAUUGAGAAAAGCACGGUGCUUUUCGACCUCAUCCUUCAAUCGGUCAACAAUGAGAUGUUCGAGCACAUCAAGGAUCUUGUGGAAGCGGAUGAUUCGGGUCCAAGGGCGUGGAAACUACUACGCGAUGUGAUUCAGCCCAACACUCUUCCGAUGGUGAUCGUGCUCGAGAAGGAACUUGCUGCAAUCUCCAUGCGACCAGGGGAUGAUGUGAAGCUGAUCCUUGACAAGAUCAAGGACACCUAUGCAAGGAUGGCAGCAGCGGGCAGCAGCGUUUCUCAGCUGCAGCAGUGCACCAAGAUCAUCUCGGUGUUGGAUAACUCGUGGGACAACCUCAUCCCCACCCUCAACUCUCAGCAAGAUCAAUGGACACCUGAGUGGCUAAGGCAGCAGAUUCUGCAGGAGGACUUCCGCAGACGCCAUGUGGGAGGUGGUGCUUCCACUAAGACUGCUGAGGGGUAUGGAGCUGCAGGGCGCGGCAGAGGAAGAGGGGGUUGGAGAGGCCGAGGCCGUGGGAGGAGCUUUGGCAGAGGUAGUGGCCGAGGUGACUAUAAUGAGGGGCAUGGGAGCUCUAGUGGCAAGGGGAGUACCAGAAUGGAGGGCACCUGCUGGUACUGCAAGAAGGUCGGGCAUCCUUGGUUUAAGUGCUUCAGCAGGCCGGAGGGAUGGGCACCUCCAGGCAUGAAGCCGCCCAGUGGUGAACGCGCACAAGGUGGCGCUGUGCAAGGCUCAGGUGCACAAGGUGAAGGUGCACAAGGUAAUACCUAUCCUGGGAUGUUUCUCAUGGUUGAGGAUGUGCAUGGGCAUGAGGGUGAUGUGGGAUCUGUGGGAAAGGUUGUGAUGCACCCUCUCACGCACUGGGUGAUUGAUUCGGGUUGCACCAGUCACAUGACCCCACGGGCAGAUUUGCUUGAUGAGGUAAAACCCCCUGGGAAGAUCAAGUAUGUGGCAGCAGCGUCAGGUGCUUUGCUCCCUGUCAUUGGUGUUGGAAAUGCCAAGGUUAAGGGAGCUUAUGGGGAGCUUGUGGGGCUUGGGAAUGUUCUGCUGGUUGAAGGCUUGUCUGCUAACCUUCUCUCUGUGCGACGACUGCAGAAGAGCAAGGCCGAAGUGACCUUUGGACGAACCAGCUGCCGUGCUAAGCUUGGGAAGAAGGUGCUGUGGAGUCUGGAAGAGGAGACCAGCUGCAUCAAGGACCUGUGGCAGCUGCCCAUCAUCCCAUGGAAUGGGAAGACUCCAACAGCAGCAACGGCAGCAGCGGCAAAGGCAACAGCAGGAGGAGAUGCAACUGCACCAACUGAUGGGGUCCUGGAAGCAGUCAAGAAAGUGCAGCAGCAGCAGACACAUGGUGAGGUCGCCCUUGUGAAGAACAGGGUGCUGGCUACAGUUGGAGAUAAGGAGUGGAUCCCAUAUACCAAGUGGUAUGGGAGUGCUCCAGCUGUGAACAUGCUGAGGGCAUUUGGGUGCAUGGUGGUGUUUCAUGUGCCUAAGGAGAAAAGGGGGAAGUUGGAGGCUUCUAGAAGAUGGGGUGUGCACUUGGGGAUUGCAAAGGAUCACAAGGGGUGGCUGCUAUGGGACUUGACCACCCAGAAGUUGACAGUGUCAAGGGAUGUGAAGUUUCUUGAGUCCCUGUACUACAAGGAAUGGAAGCAGCAGCAACAGAAGCUUCCAUCUACACCGCUCAUUGUGGAGGCAGAUGAGGUGCAGCAGCCUUCAAGACAGGUGGAGGUUGCAGUGUCAGAGGAGGAGAUGUCUGGGGUGACUGAGGAAGGGGGAGCAGCUGAAGUGGAGCAGCAGCAGCAGCAGGAGCAGCAGCAGCAGCAUGAGUCUCCACCUCGAGUUCCACACCCGCCUGAGCGACCUAGGAGGGAUGUGCGCCCUCCGGUGAGGCUAACCUAUGGGGGAAGAGGCAAGCCGAAUGUGGUGCAGGCUGGGAGUGUGGUUGAGCAGAUUGAGGAAGAUGAGAUCGCUCACUGCUACUGGGCACCAAUCCCUGAGCCCAAGACUCGAGAGGAGGCUUUGAAUGGACCAAAUGGGGAGAAGUGGAAGGCGAGUGAGGAUGAGGAGUUCGGGUCCCUAAUUGAGAACGAGACAUGGGACCUGUGUGACUUGCCUCCUGGAAAGAAGGCAAUCACUUCCAAGAUGAUCUACAGGCACAAGUAUGGACCUGAAGGGGAGCUGACCCGCUACAAGUCUAGGCUUGUGGCACGGGGGUUUCAGCAGACAAAGGGGAAGGACUAUGAUGAGGUGUUUGCUCCUGUGGGGAAAGGAACAACACUGAGGGUGCUGUUGGCGAUAGCUGCACUCCUGGGAUGGAAGAUUCGGCAGAUGGAUAUUGUGACUGCCUUUCUGAAUGGGAUCAUUAUGGAGGAGGUGUACAUGAAGCAGCCAGAGGGGCUGGAUGACGGGAGCGGCAGGGUCUGCGGCUGAAGAAGGCCAUCUAUGGCCUUAAGCAGGCGCCUCGUGCAUGGUAUCACAAGUUGGAGGAGGCGCUGUUGGCUGGGGGUUUCAAGAAGAGUGAGUGUGACCCCAGCCU